UAUUUCAGUGUGUAAUCAUAAGAAAUGGUCUGUAUUUGUAUACAGUGCAUCAAUAACAUUAUCUAUCUACACAACUAUAGGCAAGCCCAACUAGCAUUUACACAUAUUCAACAAAGAUAUGUUACCUUUAACUUAUGCUGCGAUUGGUACAAAUGUAUGUUGUGUCUGGAAGGUUCGGCAUUCCCUUGGUCCAAAAUAUGGUGUGCUGGAGAUCAGGAAGGGGGUUGGGGUGCCAUAUCUGAUACCCAUAUGUAUGUGGGAAGUGUUAAUGACAUUGGUGGGUGGAUGGGUCAGACUGAAUCAGAGGUUUGGUGAGUCUGAACUAUUUGCUUGACUGCACACAUUUAGUCUCCAGUCUGUGCCUGAUCAGUAUACAUGGGAAUGACAGAAUGUUCGGCACACACGUGACGUCUGAAACAUUUGGUGGCAUUUUUAACCUUCUCUUUCACCCCAUUUCUGUGCCCCACCCACCCAUCCACAGUCAACUUCAAUUCUAAAAGUCACACGUACUUUGCUUGACUCAGUUUGACCUCUUCUCUUAUCCUCUCCUUACAGCUUGCAGACACCUCAUUAUAAUGUUAUUUUGGGUCCUGGCUCAUAAGCUUGCCAUUUCAAUCAAAAGUGUAUGUAGUUAUUACUGUCUCAGCAUAGCAUAGCUCGAACAUCUCUCAUGGUUUGAGCCAGGUUUUGGUCUGUCGUGGAUAGCAAUAUGCUGUAUAUGUAAUUUGGGUUGUAAACAUGGUGAGACAGGAAGUUAGCGAACUACUGAAAGUAACUUCACUGUUUUCAGUAUGACACAGAUGCUUAAGUUGACACGGACACAUUAGCCACACCUACAUGCUUCUCACUCUACAGUUUCAGUCAACUCAUUUGUUAUCUUACUGUGGAGCGGUUUAACCACACAAACAUUUUUUGUCAGUUCCACCGCCAGUUAUUUGCUUUUGCUUGUUGUUUGCAAAAGUCUCAUGUGAACAAUCACAGCCGGAGGGAAUUUUUCUUACUGACUUUUUUGGCGAAGAUGAGUGUAGCUUCAGAAGUGCUGCUGUAAGACGUUCUGAGGAUAGACAAAAUAUACUCCAGAACUUGUGCAUAAUGGGAUCAUUUCGGCGACCUCGCCCUCGUUUCAUGAGCUCUCCUGUGCUGACAGACCUUGCCCGCUUCCAUGCCAGCUCAUCCGCCAUGCAGCUUUCCAACGCGAGUGUCUGGAACAGUGUCCAGACAGCUGUCAUCAAGGUGUUUGAGGGAGGAGGGUUGCAGGCAAAUGAGCUUUACACUCUCAAUGAGAGCAUCAGGUGGCUCCUCAAAACAGAGCUUGGCUCAUUUAUCACAGAAUAUUUCCAGAAUCAACUUUUGACAAAAGGCCUGUCACACAUUAAGGAAAAAAUAUGCCUCUAUGAGGGUGACAGCCAACUCAUCGUUCUGUCUGAGAUGUGGGUGAGAUUCUUCACUGAGAUAUUGCCUACACUCCAGGCUAUAUUUUACCCUGUUCAGGGUCAGGAGCUGACCGUCAGGCAGAUGGCCCUGUUAGGCUUCAGAGACCUGGUCCUCUUGAAGAUCCACCUCCACGACUCACUGGCACACAGCACUACCACGUUGCCCCCUCCAGCCAUCACUCAGAUGCUGCUCAUCCUACAGGGCAUCCAUGAAUCAGGUAGUCCCAGUAAAGAGUAUUACCAGUUAGAAAAACUGGUGGAGAUUGUUAUAUGUCCUUACCUGGGGAACAUUCUUCACGGUAGUAAAGGCAUGUGCUUCCAAGAAUGCUGUGCAACGUACCCAAGGAAGGCAGCAAGCCGACCAGAGAUCACCAUAACCCACCACACCUCAGAUUCGUUCACAUUGGCUCCCCUGGUGGAGCAUGAAGGGGAAGCCUACCUGGAGAAGGUGGGCGGAAUACGACGCCACACGGUAGCUAACGCUCACUCGGACAUCCAGCUGCUCUCAGCAUCGGGCAGGAUGCACUCUGGGAUGGAGGAAGACCGCAGGGGCAGUGGGGGGAGCGAAAUGGGAAACAACUGUGUCAUGGGAUGCAGACCGUUCUCCAGUGAGCCUGACAUCCUGGAGGCACCAUCGGGAGGGGUUCUCAAGCAGCCAAGAUCAUCUGAAAUGAUUUGCCCUCCCCCCAGCUAACAAAAUGGGGCCUUUAUACAAAAACCCUUAAGGAGAAAUACCUCAGUGAUGAAGAGAAAGGAAUGGGAUUUCAGGGGGGUUCUCUAUGGUCAAAAGGUCAUCUCUCUGUGCCGUUUCACCAAACACGCCAUCCCUCGGUGGGCUACAUCUAAUAGGAGGGAUGGAAGAGGAAGCAGGAUCGUCUAUCAGAUGAGUCCAUUAUUGGGGAAAGGGGAUCUUAAAGUUUACUUAUUGAAAUGAGGUGGGGGAAUUUUGGAAAUGCCUGAAUGUAUCCUGUCAAUGUCUUAACAAACCCUACCUGAACAUUGAGGAAGUAUGUGUUGACUGUGCCACAGCAGACAAAUCCUGUUCAGGGUUUGAUCAUUUAUAUGGUUUUAGAACUGGUCUCCAACAAGAUUGUGUGUAAUAUUUUUGUACUAAUAAAAUACUUAACUAUA